AUGUUUCAGGCACAACUUCAAGCUCAGAUUGAUUGUAUUGAUGACCUGUUGCAUACACGUGAUGAAAUGAUUCCUCAAAUAUCAAAACGUGGAGCGGUAACAGUUCAAGAUUUAUUUAAUGUUCGUCCAAUGACAUUACGUGAAUUUGCGAAAAAUCCUAUGUCAAAUUUGGAUGCAUGGAUAUCAGCACCGGAAUAUGAUGAGCCACCACUUCAGUAUAAAGAUGCAAUGCAGUUAGAACCAAUGCAGGCGCCACCAAUGCGAACGUUACAUCAUUUUUCAGAUGGAAGAGAAACAUUAACCGAUUCUACAUCACAUGAAUCCGUAAAAAUUAAUCUGCAAGAUCUGGAACGACAAACUGUUACACCAGUGAUGGAGGAUAUUGAGCAAGGACGACGAAAUACCACUUCCACGGCACCUUUUGGUAGCACACGUACCACUACCGAUCCUUCAUCACAGCUUAGAUCAGAUGGUGGAUUACCUGUUGCCUCUAGCGAAAAUCGACUAGCUGAUGAGAAAAUGAAAAUAUCCGUGGCUACCAUUUUUGAAAGAACUGCUGAAGAGGAGCGUAUGGAUGACAGUUUCACUUUGUUAGCGGAAAAACCGCGAGUGACAGAUUUAUUUUCAAAUUUGACGAUUGAAUCUGAAUUACGUGGGACGAAACUGGAAAGUAGCACUGAAAAUAUUCUUGUUGAUGAGAGAUAUUCUGAAUGUGAAAUACGUCAAGAAGAAUAUCAAAAUGAGCGGAAUAUUCCAAAGAUCUCAGUGAUGCAGGAUCGAUUUCAGUUGAAAGUUAGUAAGAGGAAAAGUACGUUGGAGACAGAUGACAGUUCCCUUCCAAAUUACUAUCAAACACAGAGCGCUCAUGAUCUUUUGGAUAUAAUGUUUUGCAGAUUGAUAACUGAAUUUCUCAAUUCUCACGAGGCUUCAUCUCUAUGUUUUUCGGAAUUAAUUCGUGGUCACACUGCGGUAUUUGCAGCUAAAGCUUUUACAAAUUUGUUGGGUGUGUUUUUAUUUAUUUAA